AUGUUGCUAAGUACGCAGAGUCUUUGCGGCUCAGAAGAAUGGGGACCAUGGAAAGAUGUCUUUGAUCUCACGCCCUGCGCUCGGGAAAUGUAUGUGUGUUUUUUUUUCGAAAUUGCCGAAUUCGAAAUUUUUGCCUCCGACCGUCACGCAACUGACCUAGCUGGGACGUUUAGCAUUCUGAAUGCUGCCCUUUCUUUAUGCUUUGUCUUUUUUUCUUUAAUCUACCUAAUUAUUUUCGCUCUUCGUAAACGGCCACAUCGAAGCAUAUAUAUUCCUCUGGAAAUCGUUGAACAAGACUCAAAUGAACGUGGAUACAUUCCCGUGUCCAAGUACGACAUCGGUCAGCUUCUUGUAUCCUUCCUUCAAUUAGGUUUUGUAGGAUUUCUUUUCGGUUGGAGGGUGGAUGAGUAUGACGAAUCUUCCGGUAACAAAGAGCAUCGACCUUACCUGGUGAUCGGUGCAAUCGGACUUUUCAUCUCUUGGCUAUAUAUUGUCAUCUUGAUAGCAUGCCAUUUCCUAACACGGAAAAAUCAAACCCAAUAUGCAUUUAUCAAGCAACUCUUGUUGCUCUACGCGCUCUUCGCCUUACUUUCAUGCAUUAAUCUUCGUUCCGUGAUUAGGAGCAUGGGUGAAAAAGGGAGGUUCGGUUAUGAAGCAGGGUUCUCCAUAUGGAACACCAUUGCUUGCAGUGUGUUAUUAAUUUUUUCCCUGAAAAGACCAAGAAAUCCGGAUCUGAAAUACGCAAGGGACAGAGUAAUUUCCCAUGAUACUAUUGCAUCACUUUGGUCGCUCAUAAAUUUUUCGUGGAUGACGCCCAUGAUAAAAUUGGGGAAUUUGCGUAGUCUCACAGAAGAUGAUUUAUGGGAAUUGCCAUCCAGAUGUCAGGCUUCUCACUGUUACCACGAAUUCGAUCGAACAACAAAUCUGGACCUUUUGUCACGAUUACUCUUUUCCAAUGCCACGAACCUUACCCUUUUCCUUAUCAUCGCAAUAUUACGCUCUAUCUUUGCAUUCACCACACCUUACUUCCUCUAUCAGUUACUUAAUUACAUUUCCGUAAAGUACCCAGAAGAAUAUUCGGAAGAACCCUAUCUCUAUCUAUUAGGAAUUCUUAUUUCCGAACUCUCUCGAAUCAUUUUUUUGAACCAACUGAACUAUCAGGUGGUCUGGCUUGGAAUAAGGGUGGAACAGAUGUUAAGUGUGCUGGUGUACGAGAAACAAUUACGUCUUUUAGCCUCGCCACCUAGAGCUAGUAAUAGUAAUAGGAUAAACAAUGUGUUGACGACAGAUGUCGAUGAUAUUGCCGGUUUUUUCUCGAAUCUUCCUUUUAUAUUGACAAUUCCUCUGGAGAUAAUUGUGGCAUUGGUUUAUUUAUAUUAUUUGUUGGGAUGUUAUAGUUUCGUCGGUGUGGUUGUAAUAAUAAUAUGUAUUUGGAGUAAUAAAAGGUUUGGAAAACGCAUCACGAAGUUGCAAAGACGUGUGAAGAAGGCACGAGAUGAAAGGGUUGGAGAAAUUUUUGAACUACUCCAUGCAGUUCGUAUGAUCAAAAUGUAUGCUUGGGAAAAUAGUUUUCAUGACAGGCUGAUGUUCUCCCGGCAUAUAGAGCUUUCACAACUCCGAGAUCUCUUUCGGCGUACCACUUUACUUACCCUCCUCUUACACAUCACACCAUUCCUUGUAACAUUAUUCGCUUUCGCAUCCUACACGAUUUCUGGUCAUCCGUUGACGGCCGCUAUCGCCUUCACAAGCAUCACCUUGUUCAACACAUUGAAACAACCGUUACAGACUUUCCCGAAUUUGAUGUCCGAAGUUGUAGGACUAAGCAUGGCCGUGGCCCGUGUGGAAAAAUUUUUGAAUGAGAGUGAGGUACAAAAGGAACUUUUACCAUACGGUUCCGAUUCUACAAGAACCCUCAUCGGAUUUACCAGCGCUGACAUAUGUUGGAAUUAUAACAUGAAUGUUCGCGGACUCGACGAUUUUAUGCUCAAAGGUGUAACAUUGGAAUUUCCUAAUUUUUUACAAAGCGAAAUUUCAAUAAUAAUUAUUUUUAAAGGCGGCCACCAGUAUUCUGGGAAGACUAUGCUCUUUCUCUCGCUCCUUCGUGAAACUGUGCUAAUACGUGGAACCAUCCACUUCCCGACCUCACCCGUUGCUUACGUUCCACAACAAGCGUGGUUAGAAAAUACGACCAUACGAGAAAAUAUCCUAUUCGGAACGGAUUUUGAAGAAGAUCGUUAUUGGGACAUAGUUGAUGCGUGCGGUCUGACCAAAGACUUCGAGAAUAUGGAAGAGGCUGAUUUUACUGAGUAUGACGAGAAAAAUCUCAUUCUAACAAAUGGACAAAAGGCUCGAAUUGCUUUGGCGCGAGCAUUGUACAGUCAGGCUCAAAUACUGCUCGUGGAUGACUGUUUGUCUGAUGUGGACUCAGAUACAGCUCGACAAAUCAUUGAUAAUUGUUUCAGGGGCCCUCUUGUUAGUGGGAGGACCUUGAUAAUAGCAACGCAACAUGCCAGAUACUUUCUGGACAUCGCUGACUACGUGGCAAUACUUAGCGAUGGAAGUAUUCAGGCAAAAGGUACACCGGAAGAGGUGCAUGAAUCUGGAUUUUUAGUUGAUGACAUACUAGGGAAGGACAUCAAACCAGUUCUCGAUCAAACAGACAAACACGAUCAGUAUUUAGCAAUUGAGAAAUCCACCGCGGAAAAAAGAAAUUGGGCGGCGGAAGAAGCUAUAACAGUGGGCGAAACAUAUUGGUUAAAAAUGUGGACAGACCUGUAUUUAACCAAGAAGGAUUCGAACAACGGUUUUACCCUUGAUGGACAAUCAUUAGAUGAUAAAGAAAAGGAUAAUAUAAUUAAAAGUAUAGGAGUGUAUGCCCUCAUCGCAUUUGUGUCGUCCGUUGUUACCCUCAUUCGAAUGUCAUUCCAGUUUGUUCUAUCUCUCAAAGGUUCAAGGACUCUAUUCUCAAAACUCUUAAAUUCAAUUCUAAGAGCACCUUUGAGUUUCUUUGAUACUGCUCCUCUAGGAAGGGUGAUGAAUCGAUUUUCAAAAGAUUUGGGUAUGGUCGAUCAAGGUCUUGUAACCGUUAUAGCCGGUUUCCUCGGAAAUGCUGUCGGAGCAUUGAGCGUACUAGUUGUAGUGACAGCUGUCACGUAUGAAUUCGGCAUUGUUUCGAUUAUUAUCAUCAUUUGGUAUAUGAAUAUUGGCAAUAGAUACAUCAAUGUAUCAAGGGAAUUAAAACGUCUCCAAUCGACCACUCGUUCACCUGUUGUUUCUUGGUUCAGUGGAACAGUAGCGUAUGUCGUCUACUCUAGACACGCUCUCCUUCGCAGUACAUCAUAA